AUGGCAGAAAAGGUACAAGACCUCGGCAAGCAGGAGAAGGCCAUCAUGGAAGAAGAAGAUGACCAGCUCAAGCCGACAUUGACCACCAACGUCGGCAGCGUUGAAGAGUUGGACGAAGCAGGGCUCUUCCUGCGCGAACACAACUUCUCCCAGGCGUACCUCGCCGAGCUGCUCGAGGACAAGGAACUCAACAGGAAAAUCGUGCGCAGGAUCGAUUUCACGCUGAUGCCGCUGCUCUGUGGCACGUAUUUCCUGCAGUACAUCGACAAGCAGGCGCUGAGCUAUGCGGCCGUCUAUGACCUGUUCCCCAGUACGGGCAUGAGUUCGAAUCAAUACUCGUGGUUGGCGAGUAUUUUCUACCUCGCAUAUCUGGUCGCCGAGUGGCCGUCGAGUUAUCUGGCGCAGCACUACCCGACGGCACGCGUCGUUUCGAUCUUCGUCAUGACAUGGGGCUCGAUUUUGCUCAUCACUGCAUCCUGCCAUAACUUUACCGGCAUGGCGAUCUGCCGAUUUCUGCUCGGUGUCUUCGAGUCCGUCAUCACGCCGUGCUUCAUGAUGAUCGUGAGCAUGUGGUACGUGAAGCCGGAGCAGCCCAGUCGCGCAGGCACAUUCUACUGCUUCAAUGGGGUCGGGUCCAUGACGGGAGGCAUCCUCUUCUACGCCGUCGGACACGCCAACGGCUUCCCAAUCUGGAAAAUCAUCUUCAUCCUCUGCGGCGGCGUCACCGUCCUCUGGGGCAUGGUGCUAUUCUGGUACCUCCCCAACAACAUCAUGACAGCCAAGGCAUUCACCCCGGAACAAAAGGCGCUGCUGAUUGCGCGAAGCCAAACGAACCGCACUGGCGUCUACAACCGCAAGAUCAAAUGGUCGCAGAUCGUCGAGGCCCUGACCGACCCGCAGGUGUGGAUUUUAUUCCUCUUCACCCUGCUGAACGAAACCAUCAACGGCGGCGUUGCCAAUUUUGGAAAACUGAUCGUCAAGGGCAUCGCGGGUAACGAUCCGUUGCUCGCGACCGCGUAUGGGAUUCCCCAGGGUGCGUUCCAGGUCGUUUUUGUUUUCUCGGGUCCGUGGUUGGCAUCAAGAUUCAAGAACUCCAGAACAAUCAUAAUGGCCCUUUACAUCCUCCCGACCAUCACCGGUGCCAUCCUCAUGUGGAAGAUGCCUCGCUCUAACACCGUCGGCUGCCUCUUUGGAUACUACAUCAUCGGAAGCUACGUCGCCUCACUCGUGCUCGCGCUACAACUGCCCGCGACAAACGUCGGAGGGUACACAAAGCGCGUGACAGCGACGGCAUUCGUCUUCCUCGCGUACUGUGCGGGUAAUGUGAUCGGCCCACACGCGUUCAUCGCCACGGAAGCCCCCAUCUACCAGACAGGCUGCAAAUUGAUCCUAUCCUGCGCUGCCGGCCAGAUAGCCCUCACGCUCUGCCUGCGCGCCCUGCUCAUCAUGCGCAACAGGAAGCGUGAUCGCCAGGCCGCCGCAGAGGGUAUCAAUCUCGAGAUUGAGGCGGGUGAUGGUGAUUUGCUCAACGAUUUGACAGACUUCCAGAAUCCAAAGUUUAGAUAUGCUUACUAA